AUGGCCUGCGACUUUUUCUAUCCAAAUGUGGGCGGUGUAGAGACCCACAUCUACGCGUUGUCACAAUGCCUGAUCGCACGAGGUCAUCGAGUUGUGGUGAUCACACACAGCUACGGUCCGAAGGGUCGACAACGUCAAGGCAUUCGUUAUAUGUCUCACGGACUCAAAGUCUAUUAUAUCCCUUUUCUGCCGAUCUAUCGUGAGACCAUUCUCCUGACCGUGUACGGCACACUGCCGAUUAUCCGAGAAAUUCUCAUCCGGGAACAGAUCGACAUUCUGCACGGUCACUCGUCAUUUUCCGACUUGGGAAGCGAGGCCAUUCUACACGCCCAAGGUAUGGGGAUUCCGACCAUCCUGACCGAUCAUUCCUUAUUCGGGUUCGCGGACUUCACGGCCGUGUUCAUGAACAAAAUUCUCACCGGGGUACUGGGUCAAAUAGACUCCGUGAUCUGUGUCUCUCACACAGGCAAAGAGAACACAGUUCUACGUGCGGGUCUCGAUCCGGAACGCGUCUACGUGAUCCCGAACGCGAUAGACACGUCCGCAUUUCUCCCCAACCCAUCGGCUCGGGAUUUGCGUUUCGGUGGAGACGGACCGAAACGGUUAGAUUUGGAGGAGAUGCGUGAACGUUAUCAGCUACAUUCACGUGUAAAAUUUGUCGGUAGUCUCAAACCGCAAGAAGUUCGUGAUCUUCUCGUUCAAGGUGAUAUCUUCCUGAAUACAUCUCUAACCGAGGCGUUUUGUGUGGCUCUGCUCGAGGCAGUUUCAUGUGGCUUGCUGGUGGUAAGCACUGCAGUAGGUGGAGUCCCAGAGGUUCUUCCCAGUGAAUACGUACGGCUCGCUCCAGCUCGUGCUCCGGAAAUGGCUGUGAGUGUUGCGAAUGCAGUGGUUGAGAUUUUACAACAACGUUCUCAAUCAGAUGCUUUGUGCACUACUGAUGAUCCUGGGAAUGUGGUUUCAGCCUGUACAGAAGACUCGGUGAUCGCAUCGUCAGACCAGAGAGUCCGGAAAAUGCAUGAGUGGGUUCGUGCAGCCUAUUCAUGGCCGCAGGUGGCAGAACGCACCGAGGUGGUCUACUAUUCCGCUAUGGCCCGAGAGAGGGCUGAUUUCAACUCGAUGUUAAAAAAAUACUACACUGAAAUUGGUGGUGCCUAUGGCUUCACUUUGUGCUUCCUGGCCCAAAUUCAUCGAUUCUUGUUACAUCUUGCCUCCUGGUUCCGACCAGCACAUUACCCGCUUGUUGAAUCCUCAAAAUAUUCGGAACCGCACAUCUCCGGAGGCUAUCAGCAUAUGCUCACGUAUACCACCUCUCUCUCCAAUCCAAAUCCGACGGACGCCGCUUUGGCAAGCCCGACCUCUGCGUAA